GUUUGUAAGAAGAUUGCUAUAUUUUUACAAGCCUAGCAGUAAACUGUAUGCCAACCUGGAUCUGGACUAUGCCAAGGCUAAACAGCUCACUGUCGUGGGUUGUCAGUUUACUGAAUUUCUUCUUGAAUCAGAAGAGGAUGGACAAGGUUACCUGGAGGAAUUAGUUAAAGAUAUUGUACAUUGGCUCAACUCUUCAUCUGGAAUGAAACCUGAACGUAGUCUUCAAAAUAAUGGGUUACUAAAUACCCUUAGCCAACAUUACUUCCUGUUUUUUGGUACUCUCUCUUGUCACCCUCAUGGAGUGAAAAUGCUUGAAAAAUGUAAUGUGUUUCAGUGUCUUCUUAAUCUUUGUUCUUUGAAGAACCAAGAUCACUUGUUAAAACUGACUGUUUCUAGUUUGGAUUACAGCAGAGAUGGGUUAGCAAGAGUCAUCCUUUCUAAAAUCCUGACAGCGGCUACUGAUAGCUGCAGGUUGUAUGCAACAAAACACUUACGAGUAUUACUGAGAGCAAAUGUAGAGUUCUUCAGCAACUGGGGGAUUGAGUUACUGGUGACACAGUUACACGAUAAAAACAAAACUAUUUCUUCUGAGGCACUUGAUAUUCUAGAUGAGGCAUGUGAAGACAAGGCCAAUCUUCAUGCCCUUAUCCAAAUGAAACCAGCUCUUUCUCAUCUUGGAGACAAGGGUUUGCUUCUGCUCUUAAGAUUUCUGUCUAUCCCAAAGGGAUUUUCAUAUCUAAAUGAAAGAGGUUAUGUAACAAAACAAAUGGAAAAGUGGCAAAAGGAAUAUAACUUAAAGUAUGUUGAGUUGAUUGAAGAACAACUCAAUGAAGCACUUACAACAUACCGCAAACCUGUUGAUGGUGAUAACUAUGUUCGUCGGAGCAACCAAAGAUUACAGCGACCACAUGUCUACCUGCCAGUUCACCUUUAUGGCCAACUGGUGCACCAUAAAACGGGCUGCCAUUUAUUGGAGUCUCAGAGUAUUGUUACAGAUCUGAGUUACACUAUUCGUUCUCCAAUGCUGGAUAAGUGGGAAGGAAUUAAGCAGCUGAAAGCAGCCCUUUGGGCCUUGGGGAAUAUUGGAUCAUCAAACUGGGGUCUUAACUUGCUUCAAGAGGAGAAUGUAAUUCCUGAUAUAAUGACACUUGCCCAGCAUUGUGAGGUUCUCUCUGUUAGAGGAACCUGUGUCUACGUGCUUGGUCUAAUAGCCAGAACUAAACAAGGAUGUGACAUUUUGAAGCAUCACAACUGGGAUGCAGUGAGACACAGUCGUAGACAGCUGUGGCCAGUGGUCCCUGAUGACAUGGAGCAGCUCUGCAAUGAACUAUCUUCUAUACCCAGCACUCUUAGCUUGAACUCUGAGUCUACAAGUUCUAGGCAUAACAGUGAAAGUGAAUCUGCUCCUUCAAGUAUGUUCAUCAUGGAGGAUGACCGGUUUGGUAGUACUUCCACAAGUACAUUCUUUCUAGAUAUUACUGAAGAUGCAGAACAAAUAUUUUAUGAGAGACCUGGACCUUCAAAGGACAAGGACCGUAGUCCCUUUCCUUUUUUUUCUUCUAGCAGACUUGUGAAAAAUCGCAUUCUAAACUCUCUUACUCUACCUAAUAAAAAACACAGAAGUAGCAGUGAUUCAAAAGGAGGAAAGCUGGCAUCAUCUGACAGUAAAUCAGGGCUCAGGCGAAAUCGUACAGUAACGGAACCUUCUAGUACCAUAGACUUUCCUGCUGGGGAAGAAUUC